AUGGACGAUAACGACGAGCUCGAGUCGUUCCGUCAACAGUGGCGCGAGGAGGUCACUCGUCGAUCAAGACCCAAAGCUGCCCCUGCUCCUGCAACUCCGACUCCGACUGCCCCUCCGGCUCGUCUUCCGCCCACACGCCAUGAGGCAUCUCACCGGAAAGAGAUCGAGGAGGAGGGUCCCCCGCUAGCUUCUUUCGACCCGGAUGAGCUGGCCCAGCAAGUUGGGGAGCUGAGCGUGCAACCACCCGAAGACGACUUCUCACGUCGAGAGGUAGCAGAACCAACGUCUGCACUGGAGCACUUUGAACGAGCGGUCGAGAAGGAGGCUGAAGGAAACUUGGGAGAUAGUCUGUCGCAUUACCGAAAGGCAUACCGGCUAGAUUCCUCGGUCGACAAGUCCUACCGGAAUAAGCACUAUGCCCAUGUAUGGAAGAGGCCGAAUCUGCCCGCUCCCACCGGCCCUGUCGCUGUGACGCAACAGCCUGCAGAUGUACCAAUCCUCCCGACACCUGAGCUCAUCGCAUCAUUUGCACACUUGCCGAUUUCACAGCUGGAUCCUAUCGUCGAAAACACACCACCGCCGCCUUGUCCAAUCGCCACCAUACCAUCGGAAAUUCUGGUGGAGAUCCUGCGACAUGUGGCGAUGGAUGACCCAUCGGCCUUCGGUCGGAUGGCACUGGUUUGCAAGCGGAUGGCAUACUAUUUCGCCCACGAGCAGCAUAUCUGGAGACGAAUCUGUCAAGGCCGGGAAUUCGGCUUCGAGGGAAUGCAUUAUGACUUUGCAUGCGACCUGCAUGGGGAACCGAUCUACACUCUUGCGCCGCGAUACACUCCAUUCCCUAAGGACGGGCCUGUGGAAAUUCCCUCGCCGCUGUCUUCAUGGAGCCAAGUGUUCCAGUCCCUUCCUCGAAUUCGUUUCACGGGCAUCUACAUCAGCACAGUCAACUACACUCGGCCUGGUGCGGCAUCUUCAUACUCGAACCUGUCGUGGAACAGUCCCAUCCACAUCGUGACUUACUACCGGUAUCUGCGGUUCUACCCGGAUGGCUCGGUAAUCUCACUGCUCACUUCAACGGAGCCAGUGGAUGUAGUCCCCCACAUCAGCAAAGAAAAUGUGAUGUCGGCGCGCACCCCAGCACACCGGAAGCAUCAACGACGUCCCUCUGAUGCGGGCCAUACCAUCUCUGGUGUUACUGAUGCCAUACCACCCGUCGCUAUGAAUACACUGAAGCACGGCCUUCGCGGCCGGUGGCAUUUGGCAUCGCCCGUUGACACGUCUGAAACUUCCGAAACCCCCGCGGAAGCCUGGAAGCCCGACCUAGCCUCGGAUCAGAAAUCGCUUCUUUCGGACGAGCGGGAUAUCAUCAUUGAAACAGAGGGUGUAGAUCCCAAGUACGUUUACACGAUGCAUCUAUCGCUACGUUCCUCGACCGUACCGAAAUCUGCUCAAGUCGGGCCGGCUCCUCCAAACCCAUCCAAAAACACUAAACUAGCCUGGAAGGGCUUCUGGAGUUACAACAGACUGACGGAUGACUGGGGAGAGUUUGGCCUUCGCAAUGACCGAGCAUUUGUGUUCCGCCGCGUACGUGGCUGGGGCUUGGAUUGA